CUGAUGGAAACAUCUCUUCUCAGGAUGAUGAAGCUCCUGUGUGGUGGAACUCUGAUUUUAACUCUCGCUCUGUCUUACUACGUCUACAUGCCGUUACCUGCGACUGUCUCCGAGCCGUGGAAACUCAUGCUGGUGGGGGCGACGUUUCGCACCGCCACUCACCUGGCUGAUGUCUCACACUCUCUGGGUCUCGCCCAUCAUAUCCGUGUCCUCAGUCUGGUCGUGACGAGUUUCGAGCGUUUGGUGCCGGCGGAGUUCGAAGACAUUCAGAUGGAGGACACGGAGUUUGACGGUGUUCAGGUUCGCGUGUACACGCCUCAACACCGAGACGGCACGCUGCGACCCGCUGUAGUGUUCAUCCACGGGGGAGGGUGGGCUCUCGGAGUGCCUAAGCUGGGCUCUUAUGACGUGCUGUGCAGGAAGAUGGCGGUCAAGCUGAACGCUGUGGUUGUGACAGUGGAUUACCGUAUGGCCCCAGAUGUACGCUUCCCUGUGCAGUAUGAGGAGUGCGUGCAGGCGGCGCGUCACUUCCUGCAGCGUGAUGUUUUGGCUCGUUACUCUGUGGAUCCGGACCGAGUCGCUGUGUGUGGUGACAGUGCAGGAGGAAACCUUGCUGCUGCAGUCGCACAACGGAUUGCCCAAGACAGCAGAGGUGAUGGUGAUGUGAGGGACAGCAGUAGUGACAAUGUGAAGAGCAACAGCAAAGAUGAUGAUGCAAGGAACAGCAUUGGAGAUGGUGGGGUAAAGUUUAAGCUACAGGUGUUGAUCUAUCCUGUCCUUCAGCCUCUGGACUUCAAUACUGCAUCCUACCAGCAGAACCGGGGAGUUCCCAUCCUGUACCGUGACCUGAUGGCACGGUACUGGCUGGAGUAUCUGGGUGCGGAUGCAGCUCUGCUCCACACCAUCCUCCUGAACAACCACACGGCACUGGACGAGUCCCGAGCCAACCCUCACCGCUCUAAAGUCGACUGGACCUCGAUGAUCCCUGAGCACAUGUGCAAACAGUAUACGGCCAUCUUCCCUCAAACCGGCUCGCCCUCCGUCCUGCAGGACGUCCCUGCGAUGCUGGACCCGCGAGCUGCUCCUCUGCUAGCCGAACAGGAAAUAUUACAGACAGCGCCAAGCGCUUACAUCAUGACGUGCGAGCAUGACGUGCUGAGGGAUGAUGGGAUGAUGUACGUCCACCGCUUAGAGCACGCCGGCGUCUCUGUCACACAUCGUCACUAUGAAGACUGCUUUCACGGCUGUGUGAGCUUCGCCUUCUGGCCAUCGUACUUCUCUGUGGGGAUACGAGCCAUAGACGAUUACAUCGCCUGGCUUCACACACACCUGUAGAUGUUACAGUGUUUACCUGUAUACACACUUUCACACUCAGGCUGUAGGUGUAAAAAUUUUACUCAUGUUACUGUCAUUUGCAGAAUAAACAGUGGUGGUGCGUCAAGUGACAAAAGGAAAUGCAACACUUGUAAAACUGCAAUACUGCUUAAGUAUUAGCAUCUCUGUCUUGUAUCACAUCUGUGAAGUUUUAAAUUAAUCAUAUGCAAAAGUUAUGUCAAAAUUGUAAUUUCUCUCAAGCCACUCCCCCCAACUUCACCCCAUUCCCUCUGUCUCUGGGGCCAUACACCGUGUCCCGCCCUUUCAUUCCUCUCUGGAGAGAGCUUACGGUCAUAUAACCCUGGGAAUGCCCAAUCUUGUUGCCAAACCCUUACAGCCUCUCUCACUCUCUCUCUCUCUCUCUCUCUCUGUCUCCACAUGGCCCACACUAAAGCCCUAUCUCUUGUAAAAAUCCGCCUGGCCCCAUCUUUUCUGAAGACAUCCACCUGGCUCCAACCCUUUACCUUCUCUCUGGAGACAUCUAUGUGGCUCCACCUCCUCCUUCCUUUCUGAAGACAUCCACCUGGCUCCAACCCUUUACCCUCUGUCUGGAGACAUCUAUGUGGCUCCACCUCCUCAUUCCUUUCUGAAGACAUCCACCUGGCUCCAACCCUUUACCUUCUCUCUGGAGACAUCUAUGUGGCUCCACCUCCUCAUUCUUUUCUGUAGACAUCCAUCUGGCCCCACCCCCUUAUCUCUCUCUCUGGAGACAUCUAUGUGGCUCCACCUCCUCAUUCCCUUCUGAAGACAUCCACCUGGCUCCAACCCUUUACCUUCUCUCUGGAGACAUCUAUGUGGCUCCACCUCCUCCUUCCUUUCUGAAGACAUCCACCUGGCUCCAACCCUUCACCUUCUCUCUGGAGACAUCUAUGUGGCUCCACCUCCUCCUUCCUUUCUGAAGACAUCCACCUGGCUCCAACCCUUUACCCUCUGUCUGGAGACAUCUAUGUGGCUCCACCUCCUCAUUCCUUUCUGAAGACAUCCACCUGGCUCCAACACUUCACCUUCUCUCUGGAGACAUCUAUGUGGCUCCACCUCCUCAUUCCUUUCUGAAGACAUCCACCUGGCUCCAACCCUUUACCUUCUCUCUGGAGACAUCCACCUGACCCCGCCCCCUUAGCCUUUCUUCUCUGGAGACAUCCACAUGGCUCUGCCCCUUUAGACCUCUCUCAGGAGACAUCUGCCUGGCUUUGCUUCCUCAUGUCUUUCUGGAGAUAUCUACCUGGCCUAGGAGUGUAAACUGCAAUACAUAAUAGAAACAUGAACAUUGUAAAGACAUAAAUUAGGAUUAAACUCACAAAUCUUACAAUUUCAAGAUCUGAUUAGGGACGUAAAAUUAUAUUUGACACAAAAAUAACUCCAUAGUAUUUUUUUACUGCCUAAAGUAAAUUACUUAAAUGCAAGGAUAAAACAAUAUAGCUGACGUUUUGAGAAGAUGAGGAUGUUAAAAUUCUCAAUUCUUUACAAAUUUUAAUUUCUAUAUUGAAUUUACAUACAGUAUAUAACCCUAUAAAUAACUACAUACUCAUCUGACUUGCGUUGCUUGCGUUAGUUUUGUGUUUAUUGUAAAACAUUGUUCUUAUAUUGAGAAAAUUGCAUUAUAAACUUAUUAUUAUAUUCAGUAAUAGCAGUAUUAUUAGUAGUACACUUUAGCUAGUGUGUUGAUUUUACAGAUUAAAUGCCCAGUUUGUUCAUGUUCUCCAUUUAUAUACAGUGUUAUGUACAAGAAUUACAAAGUUGUAUUUUAUUUUUCCUUCUUUGGCUAUAAAUAAAACAUGUUACAGGUUA